AUGAGCUUCAGAACAACAGACAAACAACAACAAUCAUUAUCAAAAGACUUCAAUGCACCAGAAAUAUUUAAGUCAUUAAAAUCAGCUUUGAAUCCUGAUGUUAUUCAACAUCAGAUUCCUAAAGAAUCAAUUCAUUUGGCAUGCGUCCAAUUAAGAAAAAAUUGGUCAAUAUUAUUAGAUUUUACGUAUAUUAAUACAACAGACAAUGAAAAAGAACAUAAUGUAACAUCAUUAAUUUAUAUUAUAAAAACUGUUGUAGAAAUCGUUGGACAUAACGAUCUUGAUGAAAAUAUUCUAUAUCGUGAUUCAUUUGCUGAAUUUGUACGAAUUUUACCAAAACUUGCCAUGCUCGAAUCAGUUUCUGAAACAUUUAGUCAAGAUUCAAAAUUUGCUCGUGAAAUAUUUUAUCAAUUAUUCCAGUUGAUUAACGAUUCAUCUUAUCUACGUACAUAUAUAGAAAAAUCAAAUGAUCCAUCAUACAUCGAAACAUUAAAUGCAGAUAUUUCUUAUCGAUCUGAAUUAUACGAUAUUGUUCUCUAUGUCAUAUUCCUUAUUGCUAAAACAAUCACAUCAUCAGCAAAAUUUCGUGAUAAUGAUCUUGAUAAUUUUAAAAAAUUAUUUGAAACAUUUCGUAUUUAUGUUGAUUAUUAUUUUGAAAAUACUCAACAAACAUUUUCAAUUCCCGAUGUAUUCUUUUAUUCUGAUCCACGCAAUUUAAUUAUAUGUGAAUAUUUAAGUAUUUUAUGGAAUUUAGCAGAUAAACCAUCAGUCGUUCGUGUAUUUAUAAAUACCGGUUAUCCAAAAGCUGUUUUAAAUUGGAUAUUAAUAUCCGAAUUAAAAUAUGAACAUCGACUAGCACUUAUUAAUAUUGCACGUGAUUCUGUCGGUGAGAAUAUUUUGAAAGAAAAUCAUGCCGUUGACAUAUUAAGACAUAUAAAAGAUUCAAUUUUGGGUAGUGGUGAUAGUGGAAUGGAUUUAAUCUAUUAUAUGGCUGUUAUUCUUUUAUCGGAACAUUAUCAAAUUGAAGAAGCAUUAACAACCGAUUUAGAUGUAACAGCUACUGAAGAAGCGCCGGCAACUGGAACAUCAAUGAAAAAAGUUAUUUCAUAUUUGUAUUCAUUUACAAUCUAUCUGUGUAAAGAAGUAAUACAAAAUAAUGUUAUGUCCGGUAUGAGCUUCCAUCUAUCGGAAUUAGUAGUUGUACUGGAACGUGUAUUUAUUCAUGAUAGCGUUAUCGAUUAUUUAAUGACUAUAAAGUUGUUUGAAAUCGAUCAUAUUGAACUUUUUUGUGAUACAUUAAUAGCAUGUCGUGGUGCAUAUAUCGAUGGUGAUAAACUUGGCAAAUUAGCAUGUGUUUCAUUAAUUAAUAUUAUAUGGAGUUUAUCAUUUUAUGAUGAUUCAUUCAGAGAAUGUUUAUUAAAAAAUGUUAAACUGAUUAUUGUUAUUCAAGGUUUGGCUCAUUGUAAUACACAAGCAGCAAAAUGUAUUCUAUGUAAUUUAAAAUUACCAAUAACAACGGAAACUACAAUAGAAGACCAUCAACUAAGUGAUAUGAGUAAACCGUUAGUUCUGAUUAGUCAUUCGUUUAACGACCGAUCUUUUGUUGAACGAACAAAAGACGAAUUGAAACAAAAAUAUGAUGAUAAGUAUAUAAUUUAUCCGCUUUUUCAUACAGAUUCCAAUGAUCUAUCUGAAUUAACAGCUAAACCAUGGGAACAAACAGCCGCAGCUAUUGAAAAAGCCGUAUUAGUCUUAUUCGUCAUUUCAAAGCAUUAUUAUGAAUCAAAAUCUUGUAGACAAACAGCUAUGUAUGUUUUACAUAAGGAAAAACGUCGUAUUAUACUGUGUCCAAAUAAUACGGAAGAAAAUUACUGUUCAAAAGGAUGGUUAGAUAGUCUAGCGGGUCAGUCAUGUGAAUGUUCAUCGUUUAUAUUUCCAGACGGCCAUUUAACGGAAAGUAAACAAGAAAUUGAAUAUAAAGAAAAGAUAACAAAAUUAGCUAACGAAAUUUCAAGUUUAAUUGAGAAAGAUAAAAAACCAAAUCGUCUGACAACGUUAAACAGACAAAAUGUUUCAAGUAUCUGUACAAUUUGUUGA